AUGAUGCAAGUAUAUCAGGUUUUGUUUGUUUGAUUGGUAACCACGUGAUUGUUAUUGAGUUUUGUUUGAAUCAUAAUUUUGUUUGAUUUAAAAUUAUCGAUUAAUUGCAGUAAUAAUGCCUCGAUAUGCUCAAUUAGUGGUGGGACCUGCCGGUAGUGGUAAAUCAACAUUUAUCGCUGCAAUGAUGGCCCAUGCAGAAGCAUCCAAACGAACAAUGUAUGCGGUAAAUUUGGAUCCAGCAGCUGAAGUUUUCAAUUAUAAUGCCAUUGCCGAUAUUCGUCAAUUGAUUCAUGUGGAAGAUGUAAUGGACGAUGCAGAUUUGAAUUUCGGUCCAAAUGGCGCAUUGGUUUUUGCAAUGGAAUAUCUAAUGAACAAUCUGGAUUGGUUGACCGAAAAAUUAGGCACCCAAGAAGAUGAUUACGUUCUAUUCGAUACACCUGGUCAAAUUGAAUUAGUAUCACAUUUCGGUUUGAUGAAAACAUUUGCCAAAUAUUUGGAAUCCUUAGAUUUUCGUGUUUGUGUUGUAUUUCUACUUGAUUCACAAUUCAUAUCGGAUAUGUCAAAAUACUUUAGUUCAUUAAUAAUAUCAUUGAUAACAUUAAUCAAUCUAGAAUUACCUAUGGUCAAUUUAUUAACCAAAAUUGACAAAUUACCUGAUGAUCAGAAAAAAUCAUUAGAAGAUAUACUGGAACCAAGUUCGGAUCUUGUCACCAAUGAUCAACCAUGUUUUCAACGAAAUCGCAAUGAACGUUUUUAUCGAUUAAGUCGUGCUUUUGCACAGAUUAUUGAUGAUUAUUCGCUGCAUAAAUUUCUACCAAUUUCUGUCCUUGAUGAAGAUCUUAUGAAUGAUGUACUAUUAUCCAUUGAUAAUUGUAUUCAAUGGGGUGAAGAUAAUGAAGUGAAUGUUAAAGAUAUUGAUAUUUAACCCAAAUUUGUUUGCAAAAUGUAUUAUAUCUUAUUGUGUAAAAUGAAUCGAUUAAAAUGAAAUUUUUAUUUUUU